AUGAACAGCAUUGCCAAGAGCCUUUUGAAAUCGGUUACACGUGGCCGAGCAGCGUGGCUGAGAAGCAGCAGCUCUGGAAGAGGGCACCUUCGGAGGCUCGUUCUGGGGAUAGAGACGAGCUGCGAUGACACCGGCGCUGCUGUGGUGGACGAUGCCGGCAAUGUUCUGGGAGAAGCGCUGCACUGCCAGAAGGAAGUCCACUUACAAGCAGGUGGAAUAAUCCCUGUGGUGGCACAGCAACUUCACAGAGAAAACAUCGAGCAAGUAGUAAAAGAGGCCCUUGGUGUCAGUGGAGUUUCUGGACAUGAACUUGCAGCUGUUGCAACUACAGUAAAGCCAGGACUUGCGCUAAGCCUUGAAGUGGGGCUGCAGUACAGCUUGAACUUGGUGGACAAGUACCAGAAGCCGUUCAUACCCAUCCAUCACAUGGAGGCUCACGCACUGACCAUCAGGUUGACACAUCACGUGGAAUUUCCCUUCUUAGUGCUUUUACUCUCUGGAGGCCACUGCAUCUUGGCAGUAGCGCAAGGAGUCUCAGAUUUCCUUCUGCUUGGACAGUCCAUAGACAUAGCACCGGGGGACAUGCUGGAUAAGGUAGCAAGAAGACUCUCUUUAAGAAAGCACCCAGAGUGCCACAGCAUGGCUGGAGGGAAGGCGAUAGAGCACUUGGCUCAAACUGGAAACCGGCAAGAGCACACAUUCAGACUUCCCAUGCAACAAUAUCGUAAUUGUGAUUUUUCUUUUUCUGGACUUCAGAACCAUGUCAAUAAAGCCAUUAAACAAAAAGAAGAAGAAGAAGGUAUUCAAGAAGGUGAGAUCCUAUCCUGUGCUAAGGAUAUUGCUGCUGCUGUACAGCACGCAGUGGCUGUUCAUAUUAUCCAGCGGACCUAUCGAGCCAUGCUGUUCUGCAUAAAAAAUAGCAUAUUAUCAUCAAAAAAUGCAACUUUGGUGGUAUCAGGAGGAGUUGCAAGUAAUCAGUAUAUCCGAAAAGGUCUACAGGCUUUGGCAGAUGCAAAUGAUUUUGCUUUUGUGUGUCCUCCUCCAAGACUGUGCACCGAUAAUGGUGUUAUGAUUGCAUGGAAUGGCAUUGAAAGGCUACGUGCAGGACUUGGUGUUUUACAUAGUACUGAUGGCAUCCGCUAUGAACCGAAAGCUCCCCUUGGAAUUGAUAUUUCAAAAAGAGUUGAAGAAGAUUCCAUCAAGGUGCCAAAACUAAAAAAGAAGAUACGAUGGUUGGCAUCUUAAAAAGUAACUUAGUAAAGUAAAUGCAACUAUA